CCACGCUGGCCUCCGCCAUGACUUCCACCGUGGACUUUGACAACGUGGAGAUCUCGCAGCAGUACAGCCACAUCAACACCCGCUUCGACCUGCGUGACGAGGAGCUAGACAAUGACAACUGCUCGGCCCGGCUGUUCGAGCGCUCACGCAUCAGGGCCCUCGCAGAUGAGCGCGAGGCGGUGCAGAAGAAGACCUUCACUAAAUGGGUCAACUCCAUCCUGUCCCGGGUCGGCUGCCGCAUCUCCGACCUCUACCUGGACCUGCGGGACGGACGCAUGCUCAUCAAGCUGCUGGAGGUGCUCUCCGGUGAACGACUGCCGAAGCCCACUAAAGGCCGGAUGCGUAUCCACUGUCUGGAGAACGUGGACAAGGCGCUGCAGUUCCUCAAGGAGCAGAGGGUCCACCUGGAGAACAUGGGCUCCCACGACAUCGUGGACGGGAACCACCGGCUCAUCCUCGGCCUCAUCUGGACCAUCAUCCUGCGCUUCCAGAUCCAGGACAUCGUGGUGGAGACGGGCCAGGCCGACCAGAAGGAGACGCGCUCGGCCAAGGACGCUCUUCUUCUGUGGUGUCAGAUGAAAACUGCAGGAUAUCCCAACGUCAACAUCACCAACUUCACGACCAGCUGGAAAGACGGCAUGGCCUUCAACGCUCUCAUACACAAACACCGGCCCGAUCUGGUGGAGUUCAACAUUCUGAAGAAGUCCAACCCGACCCACAACCUCCACAGCGCCUUCAACGUGGCAGAGCAGAAGCUCGGCGUCCACAAACUGUUAGACCCAGAAGAUGUGUUCACAGAGAACCCAGACGAGAAGUCCAUCAUCACGUACGUGGUGGCAUUCUACCACUACUUCUCCAAGAUGAAGCAGCUCGCCGUCGAGGGCAAGCGAGUGGGAAAGGUUCUGGAUCACGCCAUCGAGACAGGGACGAUGAUCGACAAGUACGAGACGCUGGCCUCGGACCUGCUGACCUGGAUCGAGCAGACCAUCAUCGUGCUGAACAACAGGAAGCUCGCCAACUCUCUGACGGGGGUGCAGCAGCAGCUCCAGGCCUUCAACACGUACCGCACCGUCGAGAAGCCGCCCAAGUUCCAGGAGAAGGGAAACCUGGAGGUGCUGCUCUUCACCAUCCAGAGUCGGAUGAGGGCCAACAACCAGAGGGUGUACACGCCCAAAGAGGGAGCCCUGGUGGCGGACAUCAACAGAGCGUGGGAGCGUCUGGAGAAGGCGGAGCACGUCCGGGAGCGCGUCCUCCGAGACGAGCUGAUCCGACAGGAGAAGCUGGAGCAGAUGGCGAGAAGGUUCGACAGGAAGGCGGCCAUGAGGGAGACGUGGCUCCUGGAGAACCAGAGGCUCGUGGCUCAGGAUAACUUCGGUUAUGAUCUGCCGGCCGUGGAAGCAGCCAAGAAGAAGCACGACGCCAUCGAGACGGACAUCGCGGCGUACGAGGAGCGCGUCCAGGCCCUCGUGGUCAUCUCCAAGGAGCUGGAGUCCGAGCGCUACCACGACGCCAAGCGGAUCGACGCGUGGAAGGACAACAUCCUGCGUCUGUGGGACUACCUGCAGGAGCUGCUGAGGGCUCGUGGCGGGCGGCUGGAUAAGAACCUGACCCUGCAGAGGAUCUUCCAGGAGAUGCUGCACAUCAUCAGCUGGAUGGACGACAUGAAGGCUCGGCUGCUGUCUCCGGACUUUGGGAAACACUUGCUGGAGGUUGAAGACCUGCUACAGAAACAUGCCUUGGUAGAGAAUGACAUCGCCCUGCAGGCGGAGCGGGUGCACAACGCCAGCGCUGCCGCUCUCAAGUUUGCAAACGGGGACAGCUACAAGCCAUGUGAUCCCCAGGUGAUCCGGGACCGGGUGCAGCACCUGGACCAGUGCUACCAGGAGCUCUGCGCCCUGGCGGCCCAGCGAAGGGCUCGUCUGGAGCAGUCCCGGCGCUUCUGGUACUUCCUGUGGGAGGUGACGGAGCUGGAGAGCUGGAUCAGGGAGAAGGAGCAGCUGUUCUCCUCCCUGGAUUACGGCAAGGACCUGACGAGCGUGCUGGUGCUGCAGAGCAAACACAGCGCCUUCGAGGACGAGCUGGGCGCCCGGCGCGGCAACCUGGGUCAGCUCCUCGCCGAGGGGGACAAGAUGAUCCGGGCCAAGCACUUUGGUUCCCCGAAGGUCCAGGAGAGCAUGGACGACAUCGGGAGGCAGUGGCAGCAGCUGGAGGAGCUGGCGGCGUUCAGGAAGCAGAACCUGCAGGACACUCAGAGGUUCUUCCAGUUUCAAGGAGACGCUGAUGAGCUCAAGGCCUGGCUGCUGGACGCCAAGAGGCAGAUGAGCACCGAGGACGUGGGACACGACGAGUACACCACGCAGCGGCAGCUCAAGAGGCACAACGACCUGAGGAACGAGGCCAUCAAGAGCGGAGCCACCAUCGACGCUCUCUCCAAACAGGCCAAUGCUCUGCCAGAGGAGCUUCUGAACACCCCCGACAUCCAGAGACGUCUCAAGGACAUCAAGGACCUGUUCAUGGAACUCCUGUCUCUGGCUGACCUGAGGCAGAAGAAGCUGGAUGACACCAUGGCCCUGUACACCAUCUUCAGCGAGACGGACGCCUGUGAGAUCUGGAUGGGCCAGAAGGAGACGUGGCUGGUGGGGUUGGAGGUGCCGGAGAAGCUGGAGGAUCUGGAAGUCGUACAGAACAGGUUGAGCAUUCUAGCUCAAGAUAUGGCAAACGUUCAGUCGAGGGUCGAUGACGUCAACAGAGCGGUGAAGCAGCUGGAGGACAGCAGACACCCUCGCACCAAGGAGGUCAAAGAAUGUCAGACACGACUGAAUACCAGGUGGGAGGCCUUCAAGGCCAUGGUGGAGGACAAGAAGAAGAAGGUGGACUCUGCCGUCAGUCUGCACAGCUACCGGCUGGACUGUGACGAGACAGAGACCUGGAUCAGAGACAAGACGCGGGUGAUCGAGUCCACACAAGACCUGGGCAACGACCUGGCCGCCGUCAUGACCAUCCAGAGGAAACUGUUUGGCAUGGAGAGAGAUUUGGCCGCCAUCGAGGACAAGCUGACCUUCCUGAGGAGAGAAGCCGACCAGCUGGCCCAGGAUCACCCGGAGAACGCGGCCGACAUCUUGGCCCGCAGAGGAGACCUGGACGCCGCCUGGGACGCGCUGAAAAAGACCCUGAAGGACAGGGAGGACUCCUUGGGCGAGGUCAGCAAGUUACAGACCUUCCUCCAGGACAUGGACGACUUCCAGUCCUGGCUGUUCAAGACCCAGAAGGCCGUGGCUUCGGAGGAAAUGCCCGCCACGCUGCCGGAAGCCGAGGAGCAGCUCAGCCUCCACGACGCCGUGCGGGAGGACAUAAACAACCACGAGGAGGACUACCACCGCGUGAAGGACACCGGGGCGCAGGUCAUGCAGGGUCAGGAGGACGACCCUCAGUACCAGCAGCUGGAGCAGAGGCUGAAUGGAAUGGACCGAGGCUGGUACGAGCUGCAGAAGAUGUGGGACAGUCGCAAGAACUUCCUGGACCAGGGUCUGGGCUUCCAGCAGUUCAUGAGAGACGGCAAGGCUGUAGAGGCCAUUCUCAACAACCAGGAGUACACGUUGGCCCACAUCGACAAGCCCGACACGCUGGCCGGCGCUGAGAAGGCUCUGAAGAAGCAUGAGGACUUCCUGAGCACCAUGGAGGCCAACGAGGACAAGAUCCACGGAGCCCUGCAGGGAGGACAGCGGCUGGUGGACAGUAACAACCUGUACUCCGGGAAGGUUCAGGACAAAAUGGACUCCAUCAUCGACAGGCGCGACAAGAACAAAGGACGAGCCCAGGAGGUGUCCGAAAAACUCCGAGAUAACCGCGACCUGCAGCACUUCCUGCAAAACACUCAGGAUCUGACUCUGUGGAUCAACGAGAAGAUGCUGACGGCUCAGGACACGUCCUACGACGAGGCCAGGAACCUCCACAGCAAGUGGCUGAAGCAUCAGGCCUUCAUGGCCGAGCUGGCCUCCAACAAGGACUGGCUCAACAAAGUGGACCAGGAGGGUCAGGAGCUGAUGGAGUUCAAGCCGGAGUUCGAGCCCAUAGUGACGGAGCAAUUGGCCAAGCUCCACGAGCUGUGGGACCAGCUGGAGUCCACCACCCAGGAGAAGGCCCGGCUGCUGUUCGACGCCAACCGCUCGGAGCUGUUCGACCAGAGCCAGGCGGACAUGAAGAAGUGGCUCGGAGAGCUGCAGCAGCAGCUGCAGGGCGGAGACGAGGACGUCAGAGACCUGACGAAGGCCAACAUCCUCCUGAAGAAGCACCAGAUGACGGAGAAGCAGGUGCGUGACCGGGCGAGGGAGAUGGAGGAGCUCCAGCAGGCGGUCAGUAAACACGGUGGAGGCCGGGAGGACCAGCCGGAGCUGGAGGCCGAGCAGCGGGCCCUGCAGAGGGACUUCCAGCAGCUCCUCACGCCGCUGGCACAGCGCAAGGGCAAGCUGGAGGCCGCCAGGGCCGUGCAUCAGUUCUACAGGGACCUGGCCGACGAGCUGCUCUGGAUAGAGGAGAGGAUGCCCCUGGCCACGUCAGACGAGCACGGGCACAAUCUUCAAACUGUGCAAAUGCUGCAGAAGAAGAACCAGACAUUACAGAGGGAGAUGGAGGGCCACCAGCCUCGGGUGGACGAGGUGGUCGAGCGGGGCCGGAGGAUGGCGGAGGCGGCCAGCGCCGAGGGCAGGCCGGAAGCCGAUCGGAUCACUCUCCAGCUGAAGGGGCUGGAGGAGGCGUGGGACCGGCUGCAGGACGAGAUGGCCGAGCGGCGCGAGAGGCUGAACGGCUCCAACUCGGCGCAGCAGUACUACAACGACGCGGAGGAGGCCGAGGCCUGGAUCGGGGAGCAGGAGCUCUACAUGAUCGCAGAUGAGAAGGCCAAGGAUGAGCAAAGUGCCAUGCUGAUGCUGAAGCGCCACAUGCUCCUGAAGCAGGCGGUGGACGACUACGCCGACUCCAUUAAGAAGCUGAAUGGCCGUGCCCAGAAGAUGUUUGCAGAGGACCAUCCUGACGGCGAGGGCAUCAUCAGGCGACAGGGCCGGGUGGAUAAGCAGUACGCCGGGCUGGGGGAGCUGGCGGAGGACCGCGGCAGGAAGCUGGAUCACGCCUACCACCACUUCCUGCUGAGCCGAGAGGUGGAGGACCUGGAGCACUGGAUCGCUGAGAGAGACGUGGUGGCCUCCUCCCAGGAGAUGGGCCAGGACCUGGAUCACGUCUCGAUCCUGAGGGAUAAGUUCAGAGAGUUUGCUCGGGAGACGGGGAUGGUGGGACAGGAGCGGGUGGACAUGGUCAACCUGACGAUAGACGAGCUGAUCGAAGCCGGUCACGUGGAGGCGGCCGCCAUGGCCGAGUGGAAGGACACCAUCAACGACAGCUGGGCGGAUCUGCUGGAGCUCAUCGACACUCGAGCUCAGCUCCUCACGGCGUCUUAUGAACUGUUGAAGUACUUUGACGAUGGGAAGGAGUUGGUGGCUCAGAUCCACGAGAAGCAGAAGGAGCUUCCUGAGGACGUGGGAGAGGACUUCAGCAAAGCCGAGUCCUUCCACCGGAUGCACGCCGCCUUCGAGAGAGACAUCACCGCGCUGGGCCAACAGGUUCAACAGUUCCAGGAGACAGCCGGGAGGCUUCGUGCCCAGUACGCAGGGAACAGGGCGGAGGCCAUCCAGGCCACGGAGCGCGAGGUGGUGGAGGCCUGGAAGGGUUUGCUGGACGCCUGCGACGGCCGCAGGGCGCAGCUGGUGGACACGGCUGAGAAGUUCCGCUUCUUCACCAUGGUGAGAGACCUGAUGGCCUGGAUGGAGAGCACCAUCCAGCAGAUAGAGACUCAGGAGAAACCCCGGGACGUCUCAUCCGUGGAGCUGCUGCAGAAGUACCACCAGGGGAUCCGCUCGGAGAUCGAAGCCCGGGGAGCCCAGUUCACCGACUGCACCGACCUCGGCAAGGCCCUGCUGACACGGAAGCACCGAGACUCUGCAGAGAUCAAAGAGAAGCUGGUGCAGCUGAUGGAGAAACGGAAGGAGAUGAUGUUCAAGUGGGACGACAGAUGGGACUGGCUCCGACUGCUGCUGGAGGUGUGUCAGUUUGCACGGGACGCCUCGGUGGCGGAGGCCUGGCUGAUCGCUCAGGAGCCGUACGUGACCAGCAGGGACCUGGGCCACACGGUGGACGAGGUGGAGAAGCUCCUCAAGAGGCACGAGGCCUUCGAGAAGUCCACCGCCACGUGGGAGGAGCGCUUCUGUGCCCUGGAGCGCCUCACCACGCUGGAGCUGUUGGAGCUGAGGACGCAGCAGCAGGAGAUGGAGCAGUUCAUUAAAGAUGAACAGCGCUCAGAUAAGGACAGCAGGUCUCUAAUGCCGACCCCAUGCUGCCCUCUUUCCUCCAGGAGAGAAGACACAGGCUUUGUAGAAGAGUCUUCACAGAUCUACACGGUGGAGGAACAGACUCUGUCCGGUUCCGGUGCCGUUGAGCCCAGUUCUCUGCCUCUGGAGGAGACGGCCGAUGACACCACGGUCCCCAUGGUGUCAGAGAUGAGAGAGAGCGGCUCUCUGGAGCUGGAGACCUCCGUGUCGGCGGUGAUGCCGAGGGAACCGGAGCGGGCCGCCACGAUGCCCGUGGAGCCCCUGAGAGGCCAGGCCGUGCUGCAGGAGGGCCUGCUGGGCCGCAAGCAGGACGUAGAGGGCUCCGGGAAGAAGGCCUCCAACAGGUCAUGGAACAACUUGUACUGUGUGCUGAGGCCCGGUCACCUCUCAAACUACAAGGACGCCAAAAGCUUCGGGCACGGAGUGACGUACCACGGCGAGGACCCCCUGUCCCUCAGCAGCGCCACCUGGGAGAUCCUCGGCAACUACAAGAAGAAGAAGCACGUCGCCAAACUACAUCUUGCUGAUGGCAGUGAAUAUCUGUUCCAGUGUAAAGACGAGGAGGAGCUCCAGCGCUGGAGCCAGGCCAUGGAGAAGGCCAUUCAGCCCCUGGCAGCAGAGGAGGCGUCAGGGCCCUCGGGGGCCAAAGCCCACAGCCUGCCCCAUCCCUCCUCCUCCUCCUCCGCGGCCCUGCCUGAGCCCGGCUCUGCCAAGAAAGACAAGGAGAAGAAGUUCAGCCGCUUUGCCAAGAAGAAGUGAGACGGAGAUUGGAGGGGAGAGAGGGAGGGAGGUGGGGUUGGUUGCAGAGGCAGCCUGGAAAGAGAAAGUAGUAUUCGUGUACAAUCAGUCGGAUGAAGCUUUUUGUCACUAGAUGUUUUUUUUAAAUAUUAUUUUGCGAGCAUAUUGUAGCUGAGUUUGAAGCCGUCACUCUUUUUGCCUGUAUUUAAAUAUCCACUUUUUCUCUCCUUUGUGUUCUUUAUAACAAAAACCAAAUUGAAAGCAUUAAAUUAAAAGCACAGGAACGCUCCUUCCACACUCAACCAAAGAACGUUUGUAAAACUCUUGUUGUGUUACUUCUGCUGCAGGUUCUGUUUGGUUCUUGUUUCAGUGAGGCAUGCUCUGAUCCGGCCUCACGCAGGGUGACCCGAGCACCGGAGCAUACUUUCAUUAAUCUGCCUUACAAAAAUGGUUGUGAACUGUAAUACUGUGCUGUUUGAAAUUUGGAGCGCUGAACGCUACUCAUAGAAUCAGAGGGAGGUUAGCGGGCUUUUGUAAAAGCGGUGUAAAGACUUGGUGAUGAGCAAACUGUGGUGCUGCACGGUGCACACACACACACACAGACACACACACAGAGUGUUACUGCAGGUAUGCAAACUAAACGCUCUACGCACUGUGAAGGGUUUGACUGUUGAGAUUUCAGGAGGACAACAGACGAGCAGUCACGUGACACCACAAGCUGUCAGUCUUGAACAUAGAUGAUAUUCUGAACUUAUUUCUGUGAACUUGAAAUAUAUUCAACACUCGUGUAUGGAAACCCUGAAUUUCAUAUCUAUCCAAUAACAUAUAUACAGUAUCUAUAUAUCUACAGAUGCAUGAGGUAUGUUUUAGUUUGAUAUGGUGCUAUUGUGAUAUUCUAGAACUUUCAAUCAAGACCAACCUGACCCACUGUCUCAGAGAAGUGGUCUUAUUUUGAAAAGCCGGGCAUCAAAAUGAGCAGAAAAGCCGGAACCUGGAUUCAUCUCUUUCCUAAAGUCAAGUCCAGUUUUUUGUGUGAAAACCAAAUGUGGACACACAUGAGUAAAUGGAAUAUGGAGAUUGAAAUAUUAACAAACUGCCAUAAACACAACAGGAGACAACCUUCAGCGUGACGUGGGUCAGGGCUGAGCUCACACGUGAACCUUCCUCACGCUAAAGUGCUAAAAAAAUAAAUGAUUGUGCAUGUGAUGAUAAGAACAACUUGAAAUCAAAGUAAUUUUUGUAGGUAAGUUUCCAUAAUCCUCACCAAAGUCCAGGACAAGUUGUGGGUCAUGUGACUCGACCGCUUUUUCCAAACCACACAACAGGACCAGGCACGAGCAGCUUGGAGCUGACGUGUCUUUACUCUGAAUGUAAAGGGAGGAAAUACUAAAGGACGUGAGAAUUGGGUACAUGUAGCAGUUUAAUGCAAUAAAGCCAUAAUAGAAUAACUCAUUUAUUCAAUAUAUGCAUACAGGGGGGGGGAUAUAGAUUAUGUACAGUGUAUGGAACUGCAUUUAUAAAUGUUCAUUUGUUUCUAGGAUAGUGUUUCUCUCUCUCUCUCUCUCACACACCCACACUUCACCACUGCCGUCUUGCCUUCGACUGUGGGCUCCGUCCCUGAACUAUGAUCUAUCUCAAGUGACCUCAUUAAAAUGAUGGAAGUCGGGUGUAGAGAGAUUAACAAAGGCUGCUCGGCUCCAGAGUUUUCCAGGAAACAUGUAAUGAUCUCUCUCUCCUCUCUCUGGCUUAUUUACAUUUUUACCCAGAGGAACAAAAUUAGCUGUUAAAUCCGUCAUCUUCUCGUGGCCGUCACACACACACACACACACACAUACAGGGAAUACAGAUGUUUCCCUGUGCAGACGGCCAUUAGAACAAUGCGCUCAUAAUAACAGUGUCAGUAAUUGGAGUUUUUCUGCACCUUUAAAUGGUUUUGGGGGAACUUGCAUCACAUGUAUUCAGUCUUGUUUUUUUUCUCGGUCACUAUCUGGUGGAAUCUCAGACUCUUGACACCUCCUUCCACUUUCUUUACUCCUCCUCCUCCUCUUCUUCUUUCCUACCUGCCUCUUCUCUUCGGUGGUUUUUAAAUCUGCAUUUUGUAUUCUCUAGCUAUGUAAAAUACCCAACAACUGUUGACAGGAAAGAUCUAAUAUCUUUAAACCUUUUUGAGAGAAUAAAGUUUAAAAAUAAACUCCUGAAACUACCCGGUUUGGGUUAUUUUUAUUUAUUGACCACUCUACCGCUCGUCACAGUUUGGUUGCCAAUGUUUAAUGAAACCGAAAAUUCAUUUUAUUUGUGAAUACAUUAAUAGAGGGUGCAAGGAAAAUGCAUUCGAGAACAGAUUUAUUGUGUACAGACGAUUUAACAUGGGCAGGCAUGAAAGAAAAAGGCAUUUUGACUCUGUUGAACAGCCGCCCCUUCACCGAGCUCAUUUCAGAUGAGACGAGCUGCACAGGAACAUAUUCAAAAUAGACAAAAAUGGUUGUAUUUACAUUCCAGUGGCUGUAAAACAAUGAAUGAACAGCCUCAAGACAGCGAGGCAGCCUUAAGCUUUACUAAUUAGAUCUCAGCCGACAAGUAACAGGCCGAGGAGGAUCACUUACAGAAAUACAAAGCCCUGAAUAACCGCUCAUUUCAAUCUUUACAAACUCAAAAGGUGGACGCCUGCAGCACAGCAUACAAAUGAGCAGU